AUGGCAGCAGUUCCAGAUCAGUUCGAGGGUUUCAUGAUCCGCGACCACAAGAAGUGGACCGAGUUCACCAAGGAGAAGGUAGCUAGCUCUCUCUCUCAUUGGGAUACCCACCCGACGUCAAAUGUGGAUGCUAACCUCGCGCAGUUCACCCCCAAGACCUUCGAAGAGUAUGAUGUAGACAUCGAGCACGAGUGCUGUGGCGUCUGCGGCUCCGAUGUCCACACCAUCACCGGCGGUUGGGGGGAAACAAACCUGCCCAUCUGCGUCGGGCACGAGAUGAUUGGAAAAGUGCUGCGCGUCGGCUCCAAGGUGUCCGAGUUCAAGGCCGGCGAUCGUGUGGGCGUGGGCGCGCAGGUCCAGUCGUGCAUGAAAUGCGCGCAGUGCAAGUCCAACAACGAGAACUACUGCCCCCAGAUGGUCGACACGUAUGGUGCGCCGUAUAACGUCGGCGGCGGGAACCCGAGCAAGGAGGCCGGUGGCCCCAUGAAGGACAAGGACGGCAAUCAGAUCUUCGCGCAGGGCGGGUACAGUAGUCACUCGAGGGUGCACGAGCAGUUCGUGUUCAAGAUCCCGGACAACAUUGCCUCGACGGAUGCGGGACCGAUGAUGUGCGCCGGCCUGACGGUGUACUCGCCGCUGAAGCGAGCUGGGUGCGGACCGGGAAAGAAGGUUGCGAUUCUGGGCAUCGGGGGCCUCGGUCAUUUUGGGAUUCUCUGGGCUCGUGCCAUGGGCGCUGAGGUCUGGGCCCUGUCCCACACCUCGUCCAAGGAGCCCGAAGCCAAGCAGCUCGGGGCGCACCACUUCGUGUCGACGCAGGCGAAGGACUGGUUCAAGCCGCUGGCCUUCACCUUCGACUUCAUCCUCAACGCGGCGGACAUGACGAACGAGUUCGCGCUCAAGGACUACAUGUCGACGCUAUCGGUCAACGGCUGCUUCCACAACGUCGGCCUGCCCGACAAGCCGCUGCCGGAGAUGAUGGCGCAGGACUUUACCAGCAACGGAAGCACGAUCGGCGGCUCGCACCUGGGGAGCAAGCAGGAGGCCAUGGAGAUGCUGCAGCUGGCCAGCGAGAAGAACAUCAAGCCCAUGACGGAGCUGAUUGACAUCUCGGAGCAGGGGUGCGCGGCGGCGGUGCAGAAGGUCAAGACGAACGAUGUGCGGUUCCGCGUCACGCUGACGGGCUUCCACCAGGCGUUUGGGACGGGGAAGAAGUGA